UAUUAUUCUGGCAUCGGUUUUGCUUUUCUUGUUUAAGGAGAGUUUGGUUGGCGUUUCUUGUGUGGUUCUUGUUUCGCUUGGUCAUCUUUCAGCCUUGGUGCUCUCUCUGCAGCAUCCCGGUGUUUUUGGAUCACACAGCCUGUGUAGCUCCAAAAUCUCUACAUGCUUCACCUUUUCUGAUUUAUUAUCUGAGGUCUUUCUUACCCCGAUGACAUUUACAUGGGUUUCUUUGUGUUCUGCCCCGUGGCGCUGGACCUCGUCCAGUGUUGCUGAGGGCAACUGCAGUGUUGGUGUCAAUGUUUUACUAAUUCGUUGAACUCGGUUAACUUUCUACUUCGUCAGAUUUCGUCCUGUGUCAUUACCUGUGCGGGUUUCACUGCUUGUACUGAGCAAUGAUAAACUCAAACUGGAAAAAAAGCCGCUCAACUGAUAUUUUAUGUUCCUCUGUGACCUUUAGAAUUCCCCUUAUACAUAGAACACUCCCAGUAGCUGAAAGCAAAGGUGAAACAGAGAAUUGGAGGCACAGUGUCUCCUGGUGUUGAACACCAAAGUGGUGUUCAUUAGCAGUCUCUGGAGUGGAAGAGCUGUUGCUCCUGUCCCGCUUCAGAACCCCCUGCACUGUGACUGCUGAUCCAUGCUUGACUGCCUCCAUGGGCCCUGGCAAGAUGACUUCUCCCAGACUUCCCAUCCUUCUAGCACUGGCAUUUUCCUCUUUCUCCGUUGUUCUUUCCCGUUUAAACAGGGGGAUGUGGUUUCAGGAUUUCCUUCCAUCUAACGUGUGCCCCAUAAAUGCCAAAGCCAACACUUUUUAUGGCAUAAUGUUUGAUGCAGGAAGCACUGGAACCCGGAUUCACAUUUACACCUUUGUGCAGGAGAGCGCAGAAAGCCUGCCGGAGUUGGAAGGGGAAAUCUUUGAGUCCGUGAAGCCGGGUCUGUCUGCAUACGCUGAUCAGCCUGAAAAGGGUGCUGAAACUGUCAAACAAUUGCUGGACAUGGCCAUAGAUGCUGUGCCACCUCAUCUCUGGAAGAAGACCCCGGUAGUGUUAAAAGCUACCGCUGGGCUGCGUUUGCUGUCGGAGGAGAAAGCUCAAGCUCUGCUUUUAGCGGUGAGAGAAGUCUUCGAGGAAUCACCGUUUCUUGUUCCAGAGGACAGCGUUAGCAUCAUGGACGGGUCUUAUGAAGGAAUUUUAGCCUGGAUCACUGUGAACUUCUUGACAGGGCAGCUGUCUGGCCAGAGCCAGGAUACUGUUGGGACUCUGGACUUGGGAGGAGCCUCAACCCAAAUCACGUUCCUGCCACGACUUGAGGAAACUCUGAAGGAAACCCCUGGGGAUUUUCUUACCUCAUUUGAAAUGUUUAAUAGCACUUACAAGCUCUAUACCCACAGCUAUCUGGGAUUUGGACUAAAAGCUGCCAGACUAGCAACGCUGGGAGCUAUGAAUAUGGAAGCUGUGGAUGGACAAAUGUUCCGCAGUUCUUGUUUGCCAAAGCAACUGGAGGCAGAGUGGCACUUUGGGGGAGUGAAGUACCGGUAUGGUGGCAAGAAAGAAGGAGAAACAGGAUUCAGGCCUUGCUACUUGGAAGUGCUCGAGGUUGUCAAAGGGAAACUGCACCAACCAGAUGAGAUUCGUGGAAGUUCCUUCUAUGCUUUCUCCUAUUACUAUGAUCGUGCAGUUGACACCAACCUCAUUGAUUAUGAACGAGGGGGCAUUCUGCAAGUGAAAGAUUUUGAAAGAAAAGCCAAAGAAGUCUGUGAUAACAUGGAGAGGUACAAGUCAGCCAGUCCUUUUCUAUGCAUGGAUCUCACAUACAUCACUGCUUUACUAAAGGAAGGUUUUGGGUUUAGGGACAACACGCUUUUACAGUUAACAAAGAAAGUGAACAACAUAGAGACAAGCUGGACUUUGGGUGCUACCUUUCACCUACUGCAGUCACUGGGGUUAACCUAUUGAGCUGUGACAUUCCUGUGGACUUCAGUAUUUCUGAAAGGCUGAGAAAGCAAAUUGAGAUCUUCAGGUACGUUGUUCAGCUGGAGUUAAGUCACAGAGCAGAACGUGGACCAAAGCUAUGGGGCAGAUCUUCACCCCAGACUGGCAUUGUGCGUAAUGAAAGUUGCUACAGUAUGAUAUAUAUAAUUGUGAUUGCAAUAAAUGAUCCAGAAGUUGCCUUCUAAUGUCAAAGGGCCUAAACCCCAGCAGAGUAUCCGCAAGGGGCUCAAAGCCAGCAUUCACCAGCACGUUUGUACAGCAUCCCAUUGCUAGAAGCACAGAGUACCCGGCACUUACAGGCACGUGACUUCCCUUUUUAUUUUAAACAUAAUUUAAGUUUGCUCGCGAGAUGUUAAACACAGAAAUUAAAGAUGACAUCAACAGUCAUUCAGAGAAAAGUGAACAACUCCGGAUGCUGCCAGCCUCAGCGUCCCAAGUAUAGCCGGCUGUUAGCUUAGCUAAUACAAUUCAGGAAGGCUCCAGUCUUUCAAGGAGGGGCCUAUUCUGAGCACACUUUGGGCAAGGAUUUGGGAAAGGUGUUGGCUAAAACGUGGAUUGUAACUCAGCAAGCAUUUCUUUAGGCAGCAGUCAUUUCCUGAGCAGAAUGUGUGCCUGACUGCUGUGUUCCUUUUUGCUGCUCCUCACAGUUCUGUGCAGCUGUACCGUAAAUGUGGCUGCCAGACCUGAUAACUUGCUCUGAAUGCAGAGCUGUGGUGAAACAAGUUGUUUUUUCAGUUGUUUAAUAGGUGAAAAUAAGGAAGAGGGUGGAAUUAGCAUCAGAAGCAGAGGGAGAACAAGAGGAGAAACAGCUUUAUUUUCUUAUCCCUUGUUUGCUUAUGCUUUAUCCAUUUUAAAUUGUUUUAAACUUCAUUUCUCUUUAAUUUAUUAUAGUGGAGUUGGACCCAUAAAAUGGUGUAUGCAGCCCUGCAUUGCUCGGGAAUUAUUUUUAAUAUAUACAGCAGGUCUUUAGGAAGGGUGCAUCCAAUGAAGGGGAUGCAGCUGUUCAGGAAGCCCAAGACUUCUGUCAGGAUAGCAGGAAGCUAUUUGAGCAGUUGUUUAAAGUGAAGCUUGUCAUCUCUUUCACACCAAACACAGAGAAGCAAUGCAAGAUGAGUAUUUUAAAUAGAGCAUUGUCAAUAGACUAGAAAGCUGGGCUGUAGGAUCCUGGUUUUUCUUGUUUAAUUGGCUGUAGAGAACAUGAAGAUUGCUCAAAUACCUUGAGGCUCCAAGUGCGGACCUUGCAUUGUCCUAAGUAGAAACAGCUGUAGAGACAAUUUUUUCCACCCCAUGUAAUAGUUAUUAGCUAGUUCAUCAAAAAAAUUCCUAUCUUCUACCUACCAUGGAAUAUGUAAAGCGAAGAUGAAUUUACCCCAGUCGUAAGAACAGAAAGGUACUACUCCUGCGACUAAGGGAAGCUUUUACCCACUUUAUCCAGCAGUUACCUGUUUGCUAUACCACCUUUCCCAUGCCUGUAAAACCAAAGACUGCCUUCACGCUACUUUCUCUGCAAACUGGAUUUCAAAAUAAUUGGCAAUUCCCAGCAAGGGGAGGAAGUGGUGCACUUGUGCCCUCAUUAUUCUUGCCAAGCAGUUUGGAAACUUGGAAAUUUGCCUUAUUGUGAACAUUAGUCCACUUUCCUUAGUUAGCUGUGUAAGUUUGACUGUGGCUGAUUAAGCUACCCCCGUCUUAUAACUCAGGUUUUAUGGCGCUAGGGUGAAAGUAGUGCUUUUGAUUGAACAAGUUCAGUCAGCAACAAGAGUCCAAGGGCUGGAGAUGGAGCUACCUGCACUCGUCCCACCACUUGCCGUAAAUUCAGGCUGUUUCUUUGAAACAGAAAAUACUCAUCCAAGAUCCAUAUUAGGAAUUCCUCAAUGUUACACCAAACUUAUGUUCCUUCCUCACUAAAAGUUUCUGUUGGGACAUGAAUAAAGUAGUUGUGGUCUUGUCAAGCGCAAACAUUUCCUGUCCCCCUUCCUAGUGUUUGGCAAAACUUAAUAUGUGGUCUGGUCUGCACAAGAUGGUCUCAAACGCAUUCAUUUUGUUUGCGGUGAAUAAUUGUAUUAAGUUUUGUAUGCCCAGAGAACGCAAAGUAGGAUGCAGCGGUCACUGCCCAGGCUGUGUUACUCCUCAGAGCUAGCUAAUAGAAUAAUCCAGAUCUUCUUUCAGUCUGAGCCAGUGCUGUGACAAACUCUUGGUCUUGGGGGCUACAAACCAUAAGCAGUGAGGCUGGAUUUGGAAGGGAAAGCGGGCUGUUCUAUCUAAGGAAGAAGCAGCAGCAGCGUAUCUGCCAACUGAGUAGGCGCUAACCCUGAGGAGUACAGGGCUUGGUUUUGUCUGGAGGGAGGAUGGUCCAGGGCAAGAUGGGUACCACAAAGAGGAAGCUGCUUUUUCUGUGUUCUUUGCCUCAGAGUGGUACUACAAAUGCUAGGUUGGAACAUCUGCUUCCCACUACCAAAGUUGCAUUAAAUCUGAAUGCUCAGGGUCUUCAUUUGUCAGUGGCACAAUUUGUUAAUUGAAGCAAAACUGCUGCUAUCAGGGGCCUCAUCCUGCAGUCAUGAGAGAAAAACUCAGCUCCAAGGUUUCUUUUACAAGAAACUGCAGAACUGAGCCCCUGCUGUUUACAUCUGAACUACUCAAGGUGUGUGUGGGAUCUAGAGAAGCCAGUUAAGUCCUCGCACUUACCCUAGUGCAAUGAGAUUAUUUAUUAGCUUAACUAAAGCCUAAGCAGCCUUCUAAGAGAAGAGUUCUUGCAACCUGAUUUUUAUCUCCUCCUUCAUAUCUUUUAGCCAGUCACUAACAGGAACUGCCCAAUAUAAGUGGCUGAAGAAGCACAAGUAAUGGCUUUCAGUUAAAAACUUACAUUUCGUUCUUUCUGACAUUAAUUUCUGACACCGGUGAAUGUUAUGUGUGAACCUUGCCCAUGGGCAGUGCUCACUUAAUAUUGUGAGUGUCCAAUGUCUCAUGCAGGAGACUGGCAUUUGGAGCCUAAGACAGAAUAUCCUGAAUGUCUAUUUUAGUAAUUAAAACAUUUUUAACAAUA